AAUUAACUGCGUGAUCAUAAAUAAUUUUGAAACCGUGAAAUAUAUUGCAAUAAACGCCCCAUACGCUAUAACGCUAUAAUACAUAUCAAUCCAUCAACUAAGGGAAAAUAUAUGUGGGUAUCACAGAUAAAUCAAUGUCUAGUCGACAUAUACAUCACCGCAAAAUGAAUUUACAAGGAGUCAUCACAAUGAAAUAUUACUUUGUCUUAAUUCUACUCAUGGUUGGUGAUGUGAUGUCCACCGAUUGUAUUUAUUUAGCAGCCGAGACAUGCCCUAAAGCCAAUGUGAAUUUUACAAUAAUAAACCCUGAAUUCUGCACUGAGUACCUGAAACAUCAUAAAUGUCUUCAUGAAAUACAGAAUUCAUGCGUUGAUUUCUAUGGCUACUUAUAUUACAAUAUAUGUGUCGCGUAUGAGAGCUCCAGCGAAGAAAAUAAGAUUUCGUUCCGGUUCAUGUUCGUUGCUGGAGCAGUGAUUGUAUUUGCAAUGCAUGAUUACAACCUUUGGACACAAUAAAAUCUCCU